GGGUAAAGAAGAAAAAACCGUUUCAUUCCGUCACGGUUGCGGAAAUGUCAGAGAAAGAAUCAGAAUCGGAAUCGAUGAAAUUGAGCUCCGAAGAGCUUUCGAGUGAGUUCAAAACCCUCGUUAGUUCCGAUGAUCUUCGUUCCCUUAACCAUUUACAACACACCAUAUUGGGAAGAUUGCAAGAUAGCAAUGCAGUGUUAUCUCAUUUCAAUGAUUUCUCUCAACACUGUUUCACUGAGAUUUCCGGUGAUAUGGCCAGAAAUACUCGUGUAUUGAAGUCUAUCAAAUCUGACCUUGAUUAUAUUUUUCUCAAACUAAGAAACAUGAAGACGAAACUUACGACAACUUAUCCUGAAGCAUUUCCUGAAGAUUCAAUGAGCAAAGUGAUUGAUAGGAGACCAGAUCUGGAAAUGCCUAAAUAGCUAAUGAUGUUAUUGAACACAAACUUCUGAGCAAGAGGAACUGCAUGGAUGAGUAAGGAAGAACGACCAGGGUGACCUAGGAGAAAAACUUCUGGCAUAAGUUGAUUUAAGGCUGCUUAUGCGUAGCGGGGACGUUUAGCUUUCAUGGGUCUUAAAUUUAUGUAGCACAUAAUGCGGACACUAGUUCAUAAAUGUAUACCACAAUAGACAGAUUUAAAUUAUCAGAGUUGGUGAGUUUUUUAUUUAAUAGUAAAUUAUUGAACGGCCAAAAUUAUUGCGCUUUCCCCUUCUACAUCCUUGGCUCCAAUCUACCGGUCAAAUUUUAUUCCUCAAGAAAAAAGGUAACUAUGAACAAGUAGCUAAUGAACGAUUCAACAGCCCAGAACUAGCUUAGAAAUUUGAAAAACAUCACAAACACAAGACGGAACCUGCCCUCACUAAUCAAUUGAGGAGGAAUUGUUAAGGAAUCUCUCAUAACUGAAUCUUCAUACACCGCAAUUUCUAGUUCCCCUCUAGUUUCCUUUGAAGGAUAUGAUUCAGUGAUUUCUUUUUAAUGCAGUAGCAGAAUCGUCAGCCGACUCUCCCUCUACCAAACAUCAUUAAUAUAAUAUAUAUGCACUGACAAUGAAAGGCUAAUUAAUUAAAAAUAGUAAAAUACUAGAACUAAAUAUGGUGAACUUCAUAGCCAGAAAAACACCCGAUUACAUAAUAGAUUGUCCAUUAUAUUUUUCUUGGUAGGCGCAAUUCAAUCAUCAAAAUUUAAUUUAACCAGACUUAAAAAAACUUAAAGCAAACUAUAUUUCAAGUAUUUUCCACCUUGCAUCUACCCCUUGCUACUCGCCAACAAAGUAAAAGACAAGAAACCGAGCAUCCAAGUAAAAAAAAAAAGGAAAGAAAAAAAGCGAACAAAAA